AUGAAAUGUCCAGGGUGCGAGGGCAACCACCGAUUACCAGAAUGUCCUGAAUUUUUGAAGAUGCGUGUCAGUGACAAGUGGGAUGCCGUGAAGAAAGCAAAGGUAUGCUUUAAAUGUCUGUCAUUAAAACACCGCAAGGAAAAUUGUAGGAAGCCGCCAUGUAAGACAUGUAAGAGAUGGCAUCAUGAUUUGUUGCAUGUGUUUAAAGAAGUAGAACAAUCCGCAGAAUCGGUCAACACCAUUAGGAAUUCCAGAGCACUGCUAAAGAUGAUCCAGGUCGAAGUAUGUGGGCCCAAAGGCAACAAGAAGGUAAUGGCGUUGCUGGAUGAAGGCUCAACAGUGACACUUCUGCACGAGAAGAUCGCAGACGCGAUUGGAGCCAGGGGACCUCAGGAAGAACUGACCGUCGAUACAGUGGGCGGUGGGCAAUUACAACAUCAGAAGUCCAUGAAGAUUGACCUGGAACUGCGAGGUAUUAAACAACAUAGCAGAGGUAAGCUCAAAGAAGUACGGACCGUAAAGGAAUUGAACCUGACGCCUCAACACCUUGACAAAAGACGUUUGAAGAGAUAUAAGCAUCUAUCGAAAAUCAUUGAUGAUGUAUAUUACGAGGCGGAGAAACCUAUGCUGCUCAUCGGCCAGGAUAAUUGGGAGUACAUAGUGUCCUUACAGGUGCGCAGGGGGAAAAGAGGACAGCCGGUCGCUUCCAGAACUAGACUCGGCUGGGUCCUGCACGGCAACGACAGCAACCACGUGUCCCCAGGAAAUUAUGUCAACACUUGCGCUCACCUGAACAUCGUUGAAGAACUGGAUAAGCCAGUAAAGGAGCACUUCACGAUUGAGUCGCUUGGUAAACAUCCGAAAAGACCGAGUACAGAUACGGAAGAGCAAGGCACAAGGACACUUCAGGAAACCAACAGGUUUACGGGGAUCAAGAAGAAAUUGCAGGAAGACAGUCAAUUGAAAAGGGAGUACAGCACGCAGAUUAUGAACUUGCUGCGCUGCCAAUAUGCUAACGAGGUACUCACUGUCUGCACUUCGCCGAAGAAAUGGUACUUGCCGAAUCCCCUGAAGAAGAAGUUGAGGAUCGUCUUCGACACGGCGGUGAAGACGACUGAAUGGAGCUUUAAUGACGCGCUGCUACCCGGCCCAAAUCUACUCCAGUCAUUGUUUGAAAUAUUGCUACGUUUCAGGGAGGGUCCAGUCGCAAUAAUAGCAGACAUAAGAGGAAUGAUAUUGCGAGUGAAGAUAAAAGAGAAAGAUCGAGAUAGUGCACGGUUCUUAGGAACAAAUAACGAGAAGACCCUAAAUUUACGAUGGCAAACGCGUGGCGUAGCAAGCGGAAUGAAGACCCCAACGAAGAAAGAUGUCACCAGAGCGGUAAGCACGUUUGGCGGAGACGUAACGGAUGGGGAGAAGAACACACAAGAGGACUUCACCCGAUACAAGGCGCAAUUGGAAAACAAAAGUAGAUUGAAGACAUCCGGUUGGCUCGGUGCAUAUCACCAACAUGCACCGAAGGGGAGCUUUACACAUUCACGGACGCCAGUGAGACAGCCUACGCCGCAGUGGUCUAUUGGGGAACGAGCCACACAAGCAGACAAGGCAGAAGAAGAGGCGCAGACUUACUUCGUCAUCGGAAGGUCUCGUGGAGCGGCGCUGAUUGGCAGCUUCGCGGAAAUGAAAAGGGUUGGCAAAGACAGUUGGAAGAUGGUGCAACUACUGGCACAGCACUUAUGGAGAAGAUGGCUGCGGAAGAAUAUGAACAAGGCGCCGGGCGACAACCUGAAGGUGGAAGGUGCGGUCAUCAUUGUCGACCGCAUUCUCCCUCAAUGCAAAUGGCCACGAGGGCAGAGACGGAUCCAGAACCCGACGGAAGAACACGAGUCAUCGACAAGACAACGCGAGGCGAGACAUCAACCGUCAUCGCGCAUCGUGCUCCUGGUUCCCGCCACCGAGUCGCCGCCCCAGAAGGAUGGUGCGUUACCGCACGAAGGGGAGAAUGUUGGCGACCUUACGACCUCACGUAAAAAUAAGUAG